AUGCCGCAAGAGCGGCGUGCGUCCCGCUCGCUCCAGCGAGCCGAGCGCACCUCUCGCUCGCGCCGGCGCGAACACGUGUUUAUUUGUAUGUUUUAUCCUUCAGCGGCUUUAAACCCAACCCACCCCGACCGCAAAGUGCGCUCCGCCGCCCGCCGCGCCCGCGUCGCGUCGCCGCCUCUCGCGCCGGCACCGACUCGCCCGCGAAACUUUGUCCGAAGUCGACGAGCACGGACGUACCGCGUAUUAAUAGCCACCGCGAGCGGACACCGCAAGCGAUACGUCGCGGCCCCACGAGUCUCCUCUCGACCGCGCGCUACGUCGCACGCACCCCGGCUCGGUCUAACCCUAUCUAGCGCCGAACGUCUAACUACGCAGCGGGCGCGGGUGUCGAGGAUGCACCUGCCGGGUGCCACCACCGGCGCCGUGUCACCGGACACAAGCUCCACGCUGCUCCACGAGACCUACACGAAGAUGACAUCGGACAUAUUGGCCGAAAGAACGUUGGGCGACUUCUUGUCGGAGCACCCGGGGGAGCUAGUGAGGACGGGGAGCCCGCAUUUCGUGUGCACAGUGUUACCUCCCCACUGGCGGUCUAACAAGACCUUACCCGUAGCGUUUAAGGUGGUGGCACUAGGCGACGUAGGGGACGGCACGCUGGUGACGGUGAGGGCCGGGAACGACGAGAACUGCUGUGCGGAGCUGAGGAAUAGCUCCGCAGUGAUGAAGAACCAGGUGGCUAAAUUCAACGACUUAAGAUUCGUCGGGCGGAGCGGUCGCGGUAAAUCGUUUACGUUAACGAUAACUGUCUCGACGUCCCCUCCACAAGUGACAACCUACAACAAAGCAAUCAAAGUUACAGUCGACGGACCCAGAGAACCACGCUCCAAAACCAUGUUGUCUCUCCUAGGGCAGCAGCAGCAGUUCCACUUCGCGUUUGGGCAGCGGCCUUUUCCCUUUCCGCCGGACCCCCUUGGUGGUUUCCGGAUGCCUCCCAUCACAACGUGUCAGAAUAUGAGUCAAUUCGGUUUAAGUUCAAGCAAUUCGCAUUGGGGCUACGGCGGCGCAGGAGCAUACCCCGCGUACUUACCGUCUUGUGCGGCGCCAGCGGCAACACAGUUCAACCCACCGGCCCUCGGAUUCGCCGGAACUGUGCCUGAUCAAACUGCGACACAGGAUUUUACAAAUAAUACAGUUCUACCUGACACAACCGGCGUGGAUUUGGAUCAACAGCUCUCUGGCCUCGUGAGCUCAUCGCCCUCACACCACGGAUCUCUUCUACCUCGAUACAACAACAACACAGACUACAGCCUCUCAACAGGCCCAAGGUCACUGAGCGACAACAGUUCGCAACCAGAAUCACCGAUACAAGACGAUCUUUUAACAUCCAACACUACAAACAUCGGUCAUAAUACGAACACCUCCAACUUCUCCCUCAUGGGUUCACAGAACUCCACGUACGGGAGCAGUAACUGUAAUAAUUCCCUGUACCCCGUGCUGCCGGCUAGUCUCCUGUACAGCCAACUGUAUACCGCUGCAAAUCAAACGCAUAAUUUUCACCCCUUACAUUCGAAUACAAUACAUUCGACUCAGAACCAUCACAAUGAACUACAAACUAUGAUGGAUCAGAUAUCGUCAACGACAAACAACCAUAGACAACAUAGCCAUGGCCAAGGAGAUUUGUUGUUGGGUGGGGGGAACUCCUGCGCAGCUGCCGCGGCGAGAGGCGAGGACGGCAGAGUCAACAACCUCGGACAGCGCGGUAACCCACAACCAGAUAGCAACACUGUUUGGCGACCAUAUUAG